GGAGCGCAGCCCGCGCCCUGCAAGUUGCGAGCGCGCUCUCCGCCCGGGGAAAGUUUCCCCCGCGGCCGCGGCGGAGUUAGCGCGGGCUCCGGCCCCGCUGCAAGGUUCCUCCUGAAUCACCAGCAGGACACCGCCGGGCUCUUGGCACUGUGGGGCCCGAGGGAAAGCGCCAGCCGAGCUGAAGAGGUGGACACCUGCAGCAUAGCUCCAAGUCUGCAGGGCCAGCCCUUCUGCCUCCGUUGUCACAGCAGGUGAACCUUGGAGGUGCCUCCAGGAAACGUGGACGCUAGACUUCUCAAGGCCAGCUACCCAGGGAGCACCAUGGAGGGCGACUGUCUGAGCUGUAUGAAAUACCUGAUGUUUGUCUUCAACUUCUUCAUAUUCCUUGGAGGGGCCGCCUUGCUGGGCAUUGGUAUCUGGGUCCUGGUGGAUCCCACCGGCUUCCGGGAGAUCGUGGCUGCCAACCCACUGCUGAUGACAGGCGUCUACAUCCUCCUGGCCAUGGGUGGCCUGCUGUUUCUGCUCGGCUUCCUGGGCUGUUGCGGGGCUGUCCGAGAGAACAAGUGUCUGCUGCUGUUCUUCUUCCUGUUCAUCCUCCUCAUCUUCCUGGCAGAGCUCUCGGCAGCCAUCUUGGCCUUCAUCUUCAGGGAACACCUCACCCGCGAGUUCUUCACCAAGGAGCUCAGCAAGCACUACCAGGGGAACAACGACACUGACGUAUUCUCCGCCACCUGGAACUCUGUCAUGAUCACAUUUGGCUGCUGUGGGGUCAAUGGACCUGAAGACUUCAAGCUGGCGUCGGUGUUCCGGCUGCUGACCCUUGACAGUGAGGAGGUACCCGAGGCCUGCUGCCAGAGGGAGCCCCAGACUCGGGAUGGGGUGCUGCUGAGCAGAGAGGAGUGCUUGCUGGGAAGGAGCCUGUUCAUAAACAAGCAGGGCUGCUACACAGUGAUCCUCAACGCCUUCGAGACCUACGUCUACCUGGCUGGAGCCCUCGCCAUAGGGGUGCUGGCCAUCGAGCUCUUCGUCAUGAUCUUCGCCAUGUGCCUCUUCCGGGGCAUCCAGUAGGGGUGUGGCCCGAAGAAGUACCCUGCCUAUCACUGCCCAGCGCCAGCCCCCUCCCUUCCUGUCCUCUGACCCCAGGAUAGGAGGCAAGGCCCUCAUGGAUGGCCAGGAGAAGGAUCAGGGGUAUAAAGCUAUUUUUUUUUCAACAAAACAAAAUGAAGACAGACACACGGACCAAUGGGCCUCACCUGGGUUUCAAGGUGGCUCUGCAGGGACCUAGAGCUGCUCUGGAGACCAAAGGACUAUCAGUCCCAGGGCCUCUUAGCCUGUUAGGCUCACAUGUCCCAAGCCUGGGGUCCUCUCCUGGGCAGGACCUAGGGCCAGGGAAGUCAGGAUUCUCGCAACAAGCAGAGACAUCGAUUUGGAAGAAAUAAAUGUGGAGGAAGGACCCAAGGAGACCCACUUUUCAUGACCCGGGGACAUAGAAUCUGCCACCUCAUCUCAGAUCUGCCAGAGGAUGGAGCUGUCUCUGCUGCUGGUUGGGCCAAGAAUGGCUGCGUGUGGCUACUGGACUGAAGAGUGGCUGGCUGGCGAUCUUUGCUUUCCUCUCUGAGUCCCAGGGAGGGGCAGUGGGUGUCCACAGUCACACAGCAUAGGCGCAACAAGAACCUGGCUUAGUCGCAGGCUGCUGUCACUCCAGCUAGGACUAGGACUCUCAACACGCGUGUCGUUCACACUCCCGGCUCAGGCCUCAGCAUCCUAGUAUCCUUAGGAGGUAACAGCUGUUGAGGAGCCCCCUCCUUCCUUCGUCUUAGCACCCUCCACAGACAUAUGUCACCUCCCUCAGUCCAUUCUCCCCAUGGGCCACACCAUGUCCCACCUUUCCCCUUCGCUGGCUCCCCAGGAGGAAGAAACCCCAAGACCUGUCCUCCCUCUCUCUGCUAAGAACUAAGGCUCGAAUGUGUUCUGUGCGAUCCCCGCCAGCAGCUCUCCACCCACUCCUUGCAGGCCAGGGACAGAGGGUUCACUACCUCUCACUGCAGCCGCCUGCCUCGGGUGCUCUGGCUUGACCAGCACCUCAUCAGACAAGGGGUCUCCAUUUUCCUAGGGUUCUGUCCAGGUGUCCCACACGCUCCUCCUCGUUCCUGGAGUGUGCCAGUCAUACCUCUUUCGUAUGCAGGCUGAAGACCCCUCUGCCCCAGGGCAUCUCAGCCUUUUCUGCUGACACACUUCUGUCCGCUUGCUGCCCUUGACAUUCAGCGCUCCCUCCAGGCUCAGGCAAAAAAGCUCUCCAUGUUUUCAUCCCCAAUGCCCCCCCCACCAACACACACAGGCCCCAGGCUGCAGACCAGGGUGGCCCUUCCUGACCAACAGGAGAGGCUGCUGGAGCUGUGCAGAAGGUCCCAGUUUGAACGCAUGCCCAGUGGAAGAGGGUGAUCUAUUAGUGAUGGCUGGUAAGAUGUUUGAUUAGUGGUGUCUGUAAAGGAUCUCAAGUUGGACUAGGGGGCAGAGGUACAAAGAGCAGACUGGUUCCUGGUGUCUCUCUGCCCCGUGGUCACUCUCCAGAUCCAAGGACAAGCCCGUCUUAGCUCCAGCUUCUCUCCCGCCUUCGGGCACCUGGGACAGGCCAUGCAGCCAGGGGUCCGGGGCUCCUGUGCCCCUCUGGAGACAUACUAGCAACUCUGUGCCAUGGCCCACAUUCAUAGAAACCUCCCCUCUCUGCUCUGCCUGCUGUCCUCACACAUUCUAGACUCCUUUGGGUUUUCCAAGGUGGACUGUGUCUAGUUGCCUGUUAGAUAGCCUGCCUGGCAUCCCCAUGAAUGAGGCUGUGAGCUCCCUAGAGUAAGUGCCCAGGCCCAGGAGACCUGCUGUUGGCCCCUAGCCCUGCCCAAGAAGACCGGCUCCCCAUUCAGAUCCCACCACAUGCUGGGCUCUAGCUUCUGGGAAAGGCAAAUGGCUCUGUGGUCCACCGCCAGGCGGAGCAGGACAGAGUUCAACCAGACUGACACAGAGCCACUCUAAGCGUGGAGGUUUGGGGGGGGGGGGGGCUAGGACAAAGGGUAGUCCAGAGUGGGGAUAUAUGGCCCAGUGACUCCAGGGUGGAAGGGAGAUUUAUCCCCAAGGUCUUGCCCUACAGAUUCUGAGGAGCCCCAAGUUAGCACGAUUCAGCCCAGCCCUCUACAGGACCAGAAAGGGACACUCAUGGACUUAGCCCCUGUGAUAUCAGGCGGACUGGAAGCCAUCUACAAUGCUCUCUGAGGCCAACCCAGGCUGAGGCAGACCUCUAGACACGGAGGCAGUAGGUUCCCAUUUUCUGUGCUUCGCUUUUCACCCUGGGAUCCAAUAGCCACACCUGAGGCUUCCUGUCUGUGGCCCUUCACAGGCCAGUGAACAGCUGCUCCACUGGGGAGGGGGGCAGAAGCAUUCUACAAGCUGCCCCCGCCCCUAAGAGUCUCUGCCUAGUCUCUGGUGGCCAGACCAGCCUCCCCAGGCCAGAUGAGCCUGGAAACCCCCAUCCAGGAACCCCUCUGCCUGAAAGUCUGUUUUGGAGUCUGUAAAUGCCUCUUUCGGUAGAAAUGAGUUAAUUUAUCACCUUCAUCUCCUACUCGCCCUUUUUAUAUUCUAUAUCAAGAGAAGUUUUGUAAUAUAAAAACAGAGUGCUCACA